GUUCUAACCAAAAGCCAUGUAUUCAAACAGAUCAUAAUAAUAAAGGAGAGAGGAUUCUAUUAUUCUCGGCCCAGUAAGUCCCACUGACUCACAAACUUAAGAAUCUCAAUACAAAUAUCUCCCUUUGGUGACAAAAGCUAUAUAAGACUAACUAGACCCUAAAUGGCAGGAAUGCAAAAUAAAAGGCAAGAACCUUAGUCCUCGAUCGAACUGUGCAAUUACUAUUCAUCAAAACGAGUAAUUGUUUGUACUUACUUAGCUUAUACUUAUACGGAGGAUAUUAGAGUGCUGAAGGAAUUUUGAAGGACUUUUACAAACUGAAUUUGAGAGCUGAAUACUUCUAUUGGCAAAAUAUCAAAUGUGAAUAUGAGCCAGGUCCUCGUUGUUGCCAUACACUUUGUGCUUUCAAGGAUAGUCUCUAUUUAUUUGGUGGACAAAUAGCUGAUUCUAUUACUACAAAUGAAAUAUUUGUUCAUGACGUCAAUCUAAAAUUUUGGAAGAAAUUGAGCAUAAAUGAUUCUUACCCAUAACCAUUAGAUAACUAUUGUGCUACUGUUUAUAAUGAUCAGUUAAUUAUAUUUGGAGGCUUUUACACUGCAGAUACAUUUAAACAUUCCAAUGAUUUAUAUUCGUUUAAUUUCAAAUUAAAUAGUUGGAUUAAAUUAAAUAAAUCCAAGGGAAGACAACCUUCUCCAAGAGACGGUAGUUCCAUAGCCAUUCAUGAUUAGAUUCUCUAUAUGUUUGGAGGUAAGAAUGGAGAUUUGCGUUACAAUGAUUUGUGGAAAUUUGAUUUCUCAAAAUAAGAGUGGCAUUUCAUUCCUGUUAACAGUUUGAGUGAUAUUCCAAUGACUCGAUCUGGACAUUCAUUAAUAAGCUAUUAAAAUGAACUGGUUCUGUUUGGAGGCAUUCACGACAUAACAUGGGAAUUGGAUGAUUUAUAUAAAUUUCAAAUAAAUCUAUAAGAAUGGAAAAUGAUUAAUAAAGAUACUUCUAGAAGAAAAGAAUUAGAAGUUCCCUCUCCCACCAAAUCUAAUCGAAACAGCUUCAAUAAAAGGAGAUCCAUCAAGUUGCCAUCCUUUGUAAGACCCUUAAGUUUAAGGAAAUCUCCCUGUUCAUCACCUAAGAAAGUCAGAUCCUCUUCUCAAUCUCAGAAUUCAUGCUUUUAUAACAAUUAGAAUGGCUUACAGCGCUGCGAUUAUAAGAACAAUAAUUCAUCUAUUAAUACAACUAUAAAUUAUGUUUAGGAAAGAAAACAAUUAUAAAAAUUUAAAAAGAAAGAAGCUAUGUUAAAACUCUUUGAUGUUGAAAUCAAUAAAAGAGCAAUAUUCUAAGAUGAUUGUAAUGUCACUGAAAAAUUAAAAACCUCAAUUAUUUUAAUAGGAAAUCCAAAACAGGAUCUAAAAUUGGCAAAAGGUGCAUUAACCGAAUUUGGAUAAUAGAUUGUAUCAAAGUACUAUUCAAUGACUCAUACAUAGAUUUCUUCUCCCUUUAAGUAAUGGCUAAAAUACUAUACAUGGGAAAAAACCAUGCGCUCGAGAUGGACAUGCAGUUGCAAUAUUCGAUAAUUAAAUGGUUCUCUUUGGAGGUGAUAGACAUACUAUGUCUUUUAAUGAUCUCUAUCUUUUAAAUUUAAAAUAAUUCUGA